AUUGCAACAAAUAAGAGAGAUUGAUCGCAACUACUAUAAGAAAAUAACGUAUAGAAUGCUCUUUCUCGUUCACAGUAUUAUUUAUUUUCAUGGUGUCCUCUAUUAUUUAUCUGCAAAUCUUGACAAACAUUCUACUCGUGUUACGCGAUAUUAUUGCUAUAGCAAAUGACACUAUGAAAUAUAUAUAAAAUACUAUUUCAAACCAUGAUGAAUCGAUAGUAAUGAUCUAUCUUUGUAAGAAAUAAAUAUCUUCGCUGCAUUAGUGAAAGUAAUUAAUGUAUGAUAUCUCAAUAAAUAAAUAAAUAAAUUUUAGGUAGCAAAUUGGUAUAUUAAACUUUUUACUUACUUUAAAAAAAUUUACUUUAAAAGUAAAGUGACUUUAAAAACUUUAAUUUAUUUUAGAACAUACUCAGUUUUUACAACUUGUAGAAAAGAAGAUUGUGUUUGCAGCGAAGAUCUAUUUAUAUAGUGAUGCUAUAUGACUGGGACGAUACGCGACUUAUAUUUUUAUUGCUCCUAUUAUGCAUUAGAUCCUUGCAAAUUGUGCUAUAAAAUUGCCGAGUUAAUCAAAGUUAACUAGCCACUUAGAUUCCGAUUGUGGACGCAAGAAGCGAUUUAAGACUAACUGCACCUGUGUUUAUUAAAAGUAACGCACACAUUAAAAAUGUAAAAUUGCAGUUGAACGGCAAGACAGUGCAUGAGGUUUCGCUCUUACUCACGCUAUUAUUACUCGCAUAGUAUCUUCACUGCGUCACGCAAUACCACUUUGCAUAUGUGAGUAUCAUACUGAAAAAAAUAUGCGACAAAUGCUACUACGAGAUACGAGAGAAUGGGAGAAUGUCAGUUUGGUUUUAAGACAAAUAUAUCAUUACGGCGGGGAUAGCUGUGUAUUUCAUAUUUUACAUAUUUGAUUAUUGUGACACUUAAUAAUUUCCGAACUUAGCAAAGGGCCGAUAGUACAUGCAGGAUGUGUCACUCGUAUCACAACCCUCGAGCAAAAAGCUAGGAUAUGCUAGUACAUGUUCUGCGAGAAUACAAUGCCAAUAAAAUAUUUUUGUCACGCUUGGGCCUCUGGCCGUUCCAAAGUAAGCUCGUGAGAAAUUUGUUGCCAAUCUUUUACCUCGUUCUUGAAAUUAGUUACUACCCGUUUGAGAUAUUAAUGGUAUACGAUCAUCAGGACGACGCGCAAAUGGUUUUCGAAGGUUGCUAUCAAUUAGUGAUAACAACUGCUUUCCUAGUACGGUUAUGGAAUGAGAUUUGGAAUCGCAAUAAGUUUCGAUGUUUAUACGAGGCUAUGAACGAUCAUUGGAAUAUAUUCACAAAUGAUUUGGAAGUUCGAAUUCUGAAAAAUUAUUCCAACAUAUCACAAAAGUUUACGAUAUUUUAUUCAAUUAUGAUGUACCUUUUGAGUUCAAUGUUUAUAGUGAUCCCGUUAACACCGGCUUUCUUAGAUAUCGUGUUGCCUCUUAACGAAUCGCGUCCACGAAUCUUGGCGAUCGAUGUCGAAUUUAGAGUAGAUACAAACGAGUAUUUUUUGCCGCUUUUUUGUUACACUACUGCUAUAAUUGUGGUGGGUAUAAGCAUUAUGGUGGGUGCUGACACAAUGCAUUUCACAUGCACCACUCAUGCGUGCAGUUUGUUCGCAAUUAUCGGUGAACAAAUUGAAAACAUGACGUUGAAACUAGAUGUGGAAAAACACGAAUGUUGCAUGUAUAAGGAGCUUAAAUCGUCAGACGAGCAAGCGAUAUAUCAGGAGUACAUUACAUGUUUAAAAAAAUAUCAACUUGCAUUAAAAUUUGUCGAUAUACUGAAUUCGACGCAUCAAACAGUUGCAGUGUUCUUUUUAUUAUUGAUUGGUGCAACCUUAAGUCUGAUUGGAAUUCGAAUCGUCUAUAUAUUAGACCAAAUGGAAGAAAUGCUUAGAUUUACAUUUAUAAUCAUGGGGGCGUUACUACAAUUGAUGAUAAUGUGUUAUUCUGGUCAAAAAUUAAUAGACGAAAGUCAGAAUAUAUUCUACCGAGCAUACGCGGCAGAAUGGUAUAUGUACUCACCGAGACUAAAAUCGCUGUUAAUUACAACACUUUAUCGGAGUAGCAUACCGUGCAGUUUAACUGCAGGUAAAUUAGUUCCGUUGUCGAUGACGACUUAUGCCGCGGUAAGUAUAAUACAAAAUCUCGUAAAUUUAUUACAAUGUAUGAAAAACAACGUAUGAAAUACGCAUUCGUGGUUUAAGGUAAUUCGAGCGGGCAUGUCUUAUUUCACGACAUUCCUAUCGAUCAAAGAUUAAUUAAUCUCGAACGACUCGACUGAUCUCUCGCGACAUCUGUCCCCGCGUUAUUCUUCGAAGAUAAAUUUUUUUUUCGUACGUAAUACAUAGUAUAUAUUUCAUGUAUUGUGUUCAAAUAUGCAAAAAUUUUAUCUAAAAACUUCCUUGUGUA